AUGGAGUCUAAGAUGUUCAAAUCCAGAGAAGAGUAUAGAUCGUAUGUUGAUAAGUACGAGACGGUACGUAGUGAUUUCGAGGAGAAGAUGGAGCGUGCUUGUAAAAUGUUCCAAGCCCACGACAGAUCGCACUUCGCCGCUUUACAACAGUUUUUGGUUAUGUAUGCCGGACAUCAACAAGAGGCUACCUGUGCAGCUCAGCAAGUGACGGGUCAGUUUCGAGAAGCGCUGCAGCAACUGAGUGUUGACGAGAUGGUGGCACGGUUUGUUAAAAGCAAGGGCACAGGAGCAGAGAGACCGCAACCCGCUGUAUUCGAAGAGCCAGCGGAGUACUGUGUUACAUCUGAUGAUGAGGUCCAUAGGCAACCUAGUGGCUCCAUGCCAUCUUCAAGCUGUUCAUCAGGUGUUGUACCCUCCAAUCCUCCUCCAGCUCCUCCAACUGCUGACGGUUUACUUUCACUGGAUUCUUUCGAUGCUUGGAAUGAUAACAAAGAGAUGCAGCAGGUGCAACCGUCCCCGACUGCAUCCAUAGCAGUGAUUCCACUACUGGAGCUGUACCUGCCGUCGCUCCUUUUUCGUCUUCAGUAG